ACAUAACUGGAUUUCAAACUGUUUUCUUGCUCCUGCUUCUGAUUUCUGCAGGAACAAAGCCUGAAUUCCCAUCUUAGAAUUAAGAUCAUCUUCACUGCUAGAGAGAGUGCUCAGUGCUAUGCUCACUCUACCAUUUAAGUGUCAUCUUUGUGAUGAAAUAAGUUUGGGAACCCCAGCACAGGUCAUUCCGAAUAAGAACAACUGGCCUAGAGCAGAGGUUCCCAAAGCAGGGCCUAUAUUCAUAAAGCUUUUCAGUAUAUCAGUGCCAAUCUGGGAUCAGAUUCCUUACUUAUUUAUAAUGAGAUCAGCACUCUGGGCUUUUAGAAGCUUUAUGUUAACAGGGUCUGGCCCACUAUUUUAGCUUUUUUCCUGCUCUAACACACUCAUUUCGACUGAGAAUGGGGUUGCUAAUGAUCUGAUUCACUGAUUCGUGUGUUACAGCAGGGAAGACAACAAAAUAUACAGGUUAAUCACAAACAGGUUCCAUCACAAACAAGAUUAGGAAUGUCCUAGACCCACUAUGUGGACAACUGUGAGGUCAUUUCUGUGCAUAUUGUUAUAUACAAAUAAUCAAAUGAUCCUAAAUAAAUCAACAUUUUCGGUGUAUUACAUCUAAAGGUGUUCCACAAGGUUAAAUCCUGGGGCCAGUCUUAUUCAAUUUACAUAUUAACAAUGUUGCUGCGACCACUGAUUAUUGAAUUUAAAAAAAAUACAUUGAUUUUCAGAGCCUUCAAUGCUGAUUUAAUAAUUCAGUUAUUUGAUUAUAGUAUCAAGAGUUGCUGAACGUCUGAUCUCUAACCACCUUUACUGAACCAUCAACUGUUUUUUGUUGAUUUUAGUUUUUAGUUGAUUUUUAGGAUUUUAUAGUAUUUUAGCAUUAUUACUUUAGUUUUAUUUCUUUCUUUUCUUAUUCUCUUGUUUUAUUUGAGUUUUAUACUUUUUUUAUUCUUCAUUUUAUUUGUGUGAGAAUUGUUAUGUUCUGUGUUUUAAUUUCAUCCUUAUGCUUUAUAUCACGUUCAUUACUACAGAAUUAUAUUUACUCUCUUUGAGUCAUUUGUUUUUUUUGUACAUUUCUCAGCUACAUUGUAAACGACGGUCACCAUCAAUGUACCCUGACUUUAAAUGAUUUAUUGAUAACAUUUAAACCUUAUUUAAGCAGCACUAGUAAACACAGAAAUCAUGUAAACUCACCAUGAUUGCAGGCUCAGUGUGGAUGUUCUGAGGUCUGUGACCACUAAACUAAUGAAGUCACAUUUUUGCUGUACUGCUAAGGCUGGCCUAUGACCGUCUCUUUGCCAGUCUCAUUCCAGCCCCUUUCCCUCUGUACAAACAAGUUGCCUUGGUCACAUGGAGGGCUCACCAUAGUGGAGGCUAUCUUAAAGUCAAUAACGGUGUGAAGUAAAAAACCUUCUGACAGCAAGUUUGCAUCCAUGCAGACUUAAAUCUUCCUGCAGAAUUUCCAGUUAGACGUAAAGUAGACUGCUUCAGUGAGACACAUACUGCUAGACUAAGAAUCUAAGAAACAUCACAUAAAAGAAAAGUUUCUGUUUCACUACUUUCCACUGUCAAAGUGAGCUAAUGAGAGCAGGGAUGUGCUAAGUGCUGGUCCUGGGGGGCUGCAGCAUCUCCAGAUUUCAGGACUUUCAGUUGGUUUGCCAAAGCUGUUGCUAUGAAAUCCAAGGUGGUUUCUAUAAUGCUGCUAUGUUAUCCGAGGUGGUUGCUAAGAUGUUGCUAGGCCACGGCCAUGGUAGCUCAGGUGGUUGCUAAGGUUUGGCAAGGCCAUUGCAAUGGAAUCUCAGGUGGUUGCGAAGGUGAUGUUAGAUCAUUGCUGUGUUAUCCCAGAUAGUUGGAGGACUUGUCUUGUACACUAGAUCUUUUAGCAUCUUUUAUGAAACAAUAGAAGGGAUAGGCAUUCUGACUAUUUUUGAUAUUGCAGUAUCCGUAAGAUAUCUUGUUAACUGCAAGAAAGAAAAAAAAACAUGGGAAAAAACAGUAAACUUUGGACAAAAACAAUGUAAUAUAAUGGCAGUGCUUACCAUUUUUGGCAACAGCAAAAUAAAUAUAUAUAGAAUCAGGCAGAGGAACGUCUUUAAUUAUUCAAAAACAGAGCUAAUCUGUGGAUACUGAUGAGGACUUAGUGUCCUACACAAAGUAUUUUCCCCUCAGUGGAUGAUGCCAACAUGUUAUUUGUUUCUGGACCUAGCUAACAUCAGUUACAGUAGCUAGCCUAGUUAGCGACACAGCUGCACCAUCUCUGCCUUCUCAGUCACAUCCUUCACAACAGUCUCCUCCAGAUGAUCAGGUUAGUGUGUCAAGCUUUACACAUUCCUUCAGCUUUUCACGUCUCUUAACCUAAUAAUACUGCUAGUGCCGUUCUCACUGCAGGUUUGUUGUAAGGAGUGUUUCAGUUUUUCCCCUUCUUGAUGAAAGGAGUAGGUCAGCUGUUUGGUAUGCCAUGCCUGUGUCAGAUUACUGAAAGACUCUAGAACAAGGGGGUCUAAUCUUAUCUGCAAAGGGCCAAUGUGGCUGCCAGUUUUGUUGACCUGAUUCCACUUGUUUAAUCAGUUGCUGUCGUGUUGGAAUAAAAACCUGCAAUCACUCUGACUCUUAUCAUCAAAUAAGAUCAGACACUCCUGCUUUAGAACCUUCUGGUUACAGGGCCAGAUCCCUAACCUCCAGCCCACGACUGCCCACGACUUCUGGUUCAUUCCAUUCAAUUCAGUUUAUAUGUACUUUUUCUGGAUAUUCUUAAAGGAAUAAUAUGUAAUACCAUUACUCUACUAAAUCAUAAAUUUACCAUGAUACUCUAUGUUAUCAGAAAUUAAGAAAACAUGGUAAGUUAAAAAUUAUGGAAGGAAAGUCUGUUUGUGUUUUGACCCAUGAUCCCACCAACUGCCCAUUUCUCAGUACCAUUUCAACACCCUGGGUUAUGUAACGCAUAAGCAGGCAAACACUGUGUGCUGCAGCCAUGGAAGCAUCCAAACAAAUUUCAUCCUGACCUAAAAAGCCUUCGUAUAAAAAGCUGCAUGACCAGAAAUGCAGUAAAAUGCGAGUAAAUAUUGCCGAUGCAUUCGAAAGACAGUCAGUUUAGAGCCCUCAAGGAAUUCAAGACGCAUGUCCAAAACAGGUCUUAUCUGUUUUAUUUGCUCUCUGGCUGCACAAGACUGAGUUCAUUAUGUACGAUCAGAAUCAGAUCCAGAGAAUUGCUGAACUUCAGGUCACUGUCACUUCAGACACAAUCAUGAGGUCUGCAGUACUGGUUUUGGGUCUGUGUGCCCUUUUCCCUCUGUUUUGUGGUGCCUGCUUUAUAAGUCAGCUGGAAGAAGGGGCGACACAUUGUCAGGAUGAGACUGAUAAAACCUGGCAUGCAGUUGGAUCCUCCUGGAGAAACAGCCAAUGUGUUGAAUGCUCAUGCGAGUCCAACUUAAUGACCUGUUGCGAGGGCCUGGCAACAGUCACAGGUUAUGCUGACAACUGCGUUGUGGUGUAUGAUUACACCAAAUGCACGUUUGAAGUCGUCAAUAAGAACGACCCCUCAGAACACUGUGAUUACGAAGCUAUAUUAAAGUAACCCUGUCAGUGUACAGCAAUAAACUCAUCGCCUGUUAGAAAACAGUGGCUGUUAUUUAUCCUGUAUCUUUCUGAUUCAUAUCAAUUGACAUGAAAGAAUAAUAAAAUUCACUGGAGAUCUGA